UUUAUAACUCUAUUUAUGGAUCCAAGGUUUCAGUGUUUGCUAAAUGAUACAAGUAAAAUAGAAGCAAUGGAUCAUUUACAAAAAACUUGGAAAAUAAUUGAACAGUUGACGGGAAAUGAAAAUGAAGCAAAUAUUAAUAAUGCUCAAUAUUUUGAAGCACACGAAGAGAAUGUUAUGGAUCCAGAUGAUGAUCUUGAAUCAUUUCUCCAGUCAUCUUCUCAAAACAGUGCUACUAAUAUGUUGAUAAAUAUGAACUCUAGUCAACCAAAAUUAUCGGGAGCGGUUUCAAGCCCUGCUAUGUAG